AAAAUUCUGAGUCCAGGGAACCCCAAAAAUCCAAUGGGGAACCCCAAAAAUCCAAUGGGGAACCCCAAAAUUCCGAGUCCAAUGAGCCCCAAAAUUCUGAAUUCAGGAAACCCCAAAAUUCCAAUGGGGAAGCCCAAAUCCGAGUCGAAUGAACCCCAAAAAUCCAAUGGGGAACCCCAAAAUUCCAAGUUCAGGAAACCCCAAAAAUCCAAUGGGGAACCCCAGAAUUCCGAGUCCAAUGAAUCCCAAAAUUCUGAGUCCAGGGAACCCAAAAAAUCCAAUGGGGGGAACCCCAAAAAUCCAAUGGGGAAACCCAAAUCCGAGUCCAAUAAACCCCAAAAUUCUGAGUCCAGAGAAGCCCAAAAAUCCAGUGGGGAACCCCAAAAUUCCGAGUCCAAUGAACCCCAAAAUUCCGAGUUCAGGAAACCCCAAAAAUCCAAUGGGGAACCCCAAGAUUUGAGUCCAGGGAACCCCAAAAUUCCGAGUCCAACGAAGCCCAAAAAUCCAAUGGGGAAGCCCAAAAUUCCGAGUCCAGUGAACCCCAAAAUUCCGAGUCCAGGGAACCCCAAAAUUCUGAGUUCAGGAAACCCCCAAAAAUCCAGUGGGGAACCCCAAAAUUCUGCAUCCAGGGAAUCCCAAAAUUCCAAGUCCAACGAAGCCCAAAAAUCCAAUGGGGAACCCCAAAAUUCUGAGUUCAGGACACCCCAAAAAUCCAGAGGGGAACUCCAAAAUUUUGAGUCCAGGGAACCCCAAAAUUCUGAGUUCAGGAAACCCCAAAAAUCCAAUGGGGAACCCCAAAAUUCUGAGUUCAGGAAAUCCCAAAAAUCCAAUGGGGAACCCCAAAAUUUUGAGUCCAGGGAACCCCAAAAUUCUGAGUUCAGGAAACCCAAAAUUUCAGUGGGGAACCCCAAAAAUCCAAUGGGGAACCCCAAAUCCGAGUCCAAUGAACCCCAAAAUUCUGAGUUCAGUGAAGCCCAAAAAUCCAAUGGGGAACCCCAAAAUUCCGAGUCCAGGGAACCCCAAAAUUCUGAGUUCAGGAAACCCCAAAAAUCCAAUGGGGAACCCUAAGAUUUGAGUCCAGGGAACCCCAAAAUUCUCAGUUCAGUGAAGCCCAAAAAUCCAAUGGGGAACCCCAAAAUUCCGAGUCCAGGAAACCCCAAAAAUCCAAUGGGGAACUCCAAGAUUUGAGUCCAGGGAAACCCCAAAAUCCAAUGGGGAACCCCAAAUUUUGAGUCCAGGGAACCCCAAAAUUCUGAGUUCAGGAAACCCCAAAAUCCAGCGGGGAACCCCAAAAAUCCAAUGGGGAACCCCAAGAUUUGAAUCCAGGGAACCCCAAAAUUACGAGUCCAAUGAACCCCAAAAUUCUCAGUUCAGUGAAGCCCAAAAAUCCAAUGGGGAACCCCAAAAUUUCCGAGUCCAAUGAACCCCAAAAUCCGAGUCCAGAGAAGCCCAAAAAUCCAAUGGGGAACCCUAAGAUUUGAGUCCAGGGAACCCCAAAAUUCCAAGUCAAACGAAGCCCAAAAAUCCAAUGGGGAAGCCCAGAAAUCCAAUGGGGAACCCCAAAAUUCCGAGUCCAAUGAACCCCAAAAUUCCGAGUUCAGGAAACCCCAAA